AUGCGUGGGGGGGGGGGGGGGGAGAAAAGGGUUUACGAAGGGGGAGGGGAGGGAAAGGGGGAAGGGGAGGGGGGACGGCGCCGACGGCAAAGAGAGGGAGGAGGGGAAGUGGAAGAAGCCGGAGAAGAAGCGGGUUCGGGGUGGGGGGAAGGGGAAAGGGGGGAGGGGGACGGCGGUGGAAGGGGGAAGGGGAAAAGGACGCGGGGUGGGGUGGGGGUGGGGGUUGGGGGAAGGGGAGAGGGGGAGGAGGAGGUGGAAGGGGAGAGGGGGAGGAGGACGGCGGCGGUGAAGUGGGGAAAGGGGAAAGAACGCGGGGUGGGGGUGGGGGGUGGGGGGUGGGGGGAAGGGGAGAGGGAGAGGAGGAGGGGGAAGGGGAAAGGGGGGAGAGGAACAGCGAGCCACUGCCGUUGGAGUCCGCCUGCCACCUCGCCUCGCCGCCUCCGCCUCACUUCUGCCGCCUCACCGCCUCCGCCUUGCCGCCUCAUGUCGCCGCCUCCGCCUCGCUUCUGCCGCCUCCGGCUCCCCGCCUCACGUCGCUGCCUCUGCCUCCCUUCUGCCGCCUCACCCUCACGCCUCGCCGCCUCCGCCUCACGCCUUGCUUCUGCUUUAUUUGGUGGUGCUGGUGGUGGUACUGGUGGUGCUGGUGGUGCUAGUGCUGGUGCUGGUGGAGGAGGUAAUUAUGCUGGUAGUGGUAAGGGUAUUUUUGUCCAAAAAAAUUAA